AUGGACGUACCACCGAUGGAAACACGCUCUAGUGAAGAUCCGGACGUUCGGAAAGCCUUCUCCGAGAGUAUUCUUCAUCUUUUGCGUCCACUGUCAGCGCUCGAGAUGGCCGAAUCCGUGGUGCAGCAACCAUCAUCAAGAUGUGACUCAGCCAUUUCCGGCCGCAGUGGCUUAUCAGAGCCGUUCAGCGAUUUAGAUGAAUCUUACAUUCUUUUGGAUCAACGUGCAAAGCAACCGGGCAGCGAUGAAGGUGACGAUAUGAUGCUGCUCAACCAGUUUACCGCCGAGUUCCGGCACGUCUAUGAUCAACUGCUUGCCGAGCAGCAGCAACGGGAGCAGCAGCCGGGCCCGGCAGUGGAAGUGGAAAAUGCCGAAGAUUUAUUAUUGCCACCGAGCGACAGUGCCGCAGGUGAAGCGGAACCAGAACCAGACGCUAGGCGGACGAGUGAUUUUCCGAUGUUCGAAGCGGCACCGAGUGGCUUUAGUGCAGAGUUUCAAAGUUUCAUCGACGAGAUGCUCCACAAGUGUAACCUUAAGCAUCACCUGGACGAGCAGCAAAAGCAGCAGUCGCACCGUGGCCGUGGCCGUCGGCAGCGCAAAGUGCAACCGAUCGAUCCGAAGGAGCAGCAGCAGCUGCUGCUGCUAGAACCCGCCGACCGUGAUUCACUGUCCGGGGUGUGGUGUAUGCUGGAUGCGGUCUCUGAACCGAACGGUUUCCCAAUCACCGAUGGACCGUACGAUCUGUACGAGGACGAGCGCUUUGCCUGGUUGCUCGGGGAGGACAUACCCUGGGCACGGCUCGAAGUAUCACGCAAGCGGUGCGAGCAGUGGCUCAAGAUGGGUCCGACCGCUUCCAAGACCGACGAGAAACGCUCUCAGAAGUCACACAAAACAUACGAAAGAAAUCCCGUCCUCGUGCGGUCCACGCUGCACAGUGCUGCUCUCGGCAGCGGUAGUCACUGUCCGGAUUCCGUGUAUCGGGUUAAAGAAGAUAAGACGCGCCGCGACAACGAUGACGAUUACAUCUUUUCACGCUCGAGAUGCCCGCUCGAGAAACCACUGCGCUCGAGAUGCGAAACGAUAAUGGUAUAA